UCAACUCACGCUUGCCACAAUCGCCCCACAGAGACGUAGGCCAAUGCGUUGCUGAAGAACUUUGGAGCAGUGGCGAUCUACCCUUGACUACCGUCCAAUCCUCUCCAGUCUGCAGACUUAGAUGCAGAGAUUUCGAGAGUUAACAGUUCACUUUUUUCCUGAUACUCGGGGCAGAAUCCCUCGCCCCGGGAUUCCCAGUGAUCUAUUGUUUGUUUACCCCCUUUUAGCCCUGCCCUCACCCCAAAAUGUGUCUCAAGAUCUGUCGCUGCUGUUGCUGCUGCUACGGCAGCUCCUCGCCAGCGGCCAGCCAGCAGCAGUGCCAGGAGCUGCAGCUAAAGGACCUGACACCCGAGCUGAUGAUCACAAUCACCACACAGCCGCACAACAACAGCUCUCACAAUCUCAGCUCCAACGCGAGCCUGGCGGAGCGGCCCAACAUUCUCGGGAGCUGGAGCUGCGACGAGGAGAUCGAGCAGUAUAAUGUCGAUGAUUACGAGUCACGCACGCCGACCAUGUGGCGCGCCUGGUGGCUCCAAGGUGCCAGCGAACAGCUGUCAUCUGUUAUACUGAGUUGAGCACUUAAGCAGGUGCGUGUGUGUGUGCGUGUGUGUGCGGAACAGCUGAUAAAGAUAUGGUCAAGCCAAGACCGCCACCUGCUGCACAUUCUAAUGCACCUGCGUCUUGGAGAGCAGCACAAAAAUUAAGUAUCAUUUAUUGUGGAGAGUGAGCGACUGGUAGAUACCCUGUACCCAUUGCCGUCACAUACAUUCGGGUUACUUAUCGGCUACUUAUACAUACUUAUUCAUUCUUCAAUAAA